GUCAACUUGUGCUUUUAUUGUUCCCACCUCACAUCUCUGACCAGGACGGCAUUUAUUGCCAAUCCCCUCCCUGCUGGUUACUUAGCAACACUGUUCACGACCUGGAAGCAGAUUACUGCCUGCUUUUUUUUGUGUGUGAGAGAGAGAGAGAUACUGUCUGAAGCCCAGAGGAAGAAAAGAUCGCGCGAUGAAAAGCCUUGAUUUUCCCCGCCUGUGUCAUCCAGGCUGACCGAUAAGAAGCUCCUUCACUCGUCUGUCAGUCUAACAGUCUGUCUCCCAGAACCUAGAGGUACUAGCAACUGACUCCCCCCCCACCCCCCUCUCAGAAUUGUGCCUGGCGCCUCCUGCUGCCUGUCAUCGUUGCUGGACUCCUGAGAUGGUGGCGCGACUUUGAAAGAGGCGUGUUUUCCUCAGCACCCCAUUCUUGGCUCCGAAAGGCCACGGUAAAAUAGUUGCCCGUCUGUGAUCCUCGCCAUUGCUCCUGGGACCACUGUGCGAGUCAGUUCCUCGGCAUGGCGACUCUGGCGUCGUUGUCCGGCAAGGAUGCCGCACUCGGUGCUAAACCGCCAGCCUUUGCCAAACCCCUGAACGACUUGGACUUCCACUCGGGAGCCCGCAUCGAGGAGAUAACAAAGCUGAUCCAAGAAUUCGGCAAGUAUGAGAUGAGGGACUUCGACGAUCGGCGGGCCUUGGAGGUUCACACUGCCAAAGACUUCAUUUUCUCUAUGCUGGGCCUCGUUCAGAAGCUGGACCACAAGUUACCCGUCUCCAACGAGUACCUGCUGCUGUCCGGGGGCGUGCGGGAAGGGGUGGUCGACAUGAACCCCGAUGAGCUGGGCGAUUACGCCAGGGGCAUGGACUACGACGUCGACUUCACGCUGCUGGUUCCGGCCCUGAAGCUGCACGACCGCAACCAGCCGGUGACGCUGGACAUGCGGCACUCGGCGCCCUGCCACUCAUGGCUCAGCCUGCGGCUCUUCGACGAGCGGACCAUGGAGAAGUGGAAGGACUGCUGCACGGAGACGGAGCCCGGCCCGGCAGGCGGCGGAGGCGGCAGCUACUACUUCUCGCCCACCAAGGUGGCGGACUGGUUCUUCCGCUCGGUGCGUGCCGUCAUCGAGGAGGUGCGCCGGCAUCCGCAGCGCGGGGUCCCCGGCGUGGCGGCGGUGGAGAAGAACGGCACGGUGGUCACCGUCAUCCUGAACGUGGGCCGCAGCCGCAUGCUGUACGACAUCGUGCCGGUGGUGUCUUUCAAGGGCUGGCCGGCCGUCGCCCAGAACUGGCUGAUGGAGAACCACUUCUGGGACGGCAAGAUCACCGAGGAGGAGGUGAUCAGCGGCUUCUACCUGGUGCCGGCCUGCUCCAGCACCGGCAACCCAGAGAACGAGUGGCGCCUGGCCUUCUCGCGGAGCGAGGUGCAGCUGAAGAAGUGCAUUUCCACGCCACUGAUCCAGGCCUACCAGGCGUACAAGGCCAUGAUCGUCAAGCUGCUGUCCCGGCCCCGGGCCGUCAGUCCCUACCACCUGAGGAGCCUGAUGCUGUGGGCCUGCGACCGCCUGCCUUCCAACUUCCUCGGGCAGGAGGACAACAUGGCGCACUUCCUCCUGGGCCUCCUCGACGACCUGGCCCACUGCCUGGUCAACAAGUCGUGCCCCAACUACUUCCUGCCGCAGUGCAACAUGUUUGAGCAGCUGCCCGACAGCACGGCGCUGCUGCUGGCCUGCCGCCUGUCGUCGGUGCGCUCGGACCCGGCCGAGCACCUGCGCAGCGCCAUCGAGCACGCCAAGGCAGCCAGCCGGCUCGCGCAGGAGCUGCAGCAAACCCUGCCGGGCCUGGCCUCCUCCCAGUCGGACGGCCUCCUCGCCAGCGCGGGCAGGCAGGACGACAGCCUGGCCCGCAAGCUCCAGCAGCUGGUGACGGAGAACCAGGGCAAGUCCAUCUCCGUCUUCCUCAACCCGGAUGACGUCAGCAAGCCGCACUUCCGGAUCGACGAUAAGUUUUUCUGAAGGAGCGUGCCCACGGCGCCGUCCCGGGCGACGUGACAGUCUUCCCUCCCCGCCUGCCUUCCGGGCUCCCACACCCUGCAUCGUGGGCUACUGGUAGUCGUGAUCUCCCCUUGCAUUGUGGGAUACUGGAGGUCACACUUUGCAAUGGGCCUCCCUGAGAAGAGAGACGUGUUGCUGAAGCUAUCUUAAGGACAAAUGCAAGAUGAGCAAGUUUCUAAUAAUCAUAGUGACCUAAACCAGAGAGUGACAAUUGGUUCACAAUCCAUCUGUGGCUACAACAUGCCAUGGUUAAAAAAAAACUACAAGCACCUCGAGCUUCUGGGUAAUUUUUUUUUGUUUAGAAAGCAAGGUUUUAGCACCUUCCUUUCUGUUUGCGUCCAUUGAAACUCUGUCACCUCUAGUAAGUGCAAAUGCCACAGCAAUGCCUCAGUCAAUCAGAGUCAACAUGCUAACCAGUCAGGGUCUUUUUCACCUGCUGUGAUUGUUUGCGUUUUGGCAUUCUUGCGUUUUGUCCUCUAGAGUGCAAGACAGAGACAACGCAUCUCUCUUCUCAGCAAUUUCAGGUUCUGUACUCCAAGUGAAAUGAUUGCAAUGGAUGUUUAAUAAUAAUUCUUGAGAUUACAGGUGGGCCAGUACUUGGUUUUUUUGUUAACCUUAUUUGAGAGGACAGGUCUGAUAUGGUAUAGCUUGGAGCAGUUUAUAAGAGUAUGCAGCCAAUGAAUAGUUGCCUAGUCAUUCUCUGCCUAAACCGGCUUAGAUUCCUAAAGUUACGUGUCACUCUGCUGAGUUUGUCCUGCGUGGGGCUGAUCGGACCAGAUCUCAAUGCCCAAUGUGAGGAGGGGCUACCUGACCGUACAAUUCUCGAUCCACUCCGUCUUUGCGGAUUCUCGGUUUUCCUGGAAAGGGAAUGUUUAGCGCAGUGAAAACGCCAGGCGGAGCUGGCACUGGGUGCAGGCCUCCGCCCUCCGAUGAGGCCUAACAGUGGUGCGGUAUCGGAGUGCGUUUAAAUUGCAUUGUCCUUAUUCCAUGAUCAAGGUGACAGCCCUGGAAGCAGCCCUUUCACAGCUGCUGCGUUUGUGGUCAGAUUGAACUGUAUCCUGAAUGGAUUUGGGAUGUGUGGCUGGGACAGUUUGUCCAGAUAAGUCAGUCUCAUUAUCAAAGCCUCAACCCUUUGAUACUUUCGGUUCACGUUCCAGUUUCAUGGAAGUAUUUAUUAUUUGUUUUGAAAGCAGUUUGAUUUUCAACAGUAGCAGCACCAGGUGUGGAUACUGAAGCCACUCGGGUGGGCAUCUGUGUAUUGAGCCUGCCUGGUGGUUUUGUCAGUCAUUUUUAGAUCAGUUCUGAUUUCUGCUGGAAGUGUUUUUCUAUUUAAGAUGUGUGUGACUCGCGGUCUCUCUCUCUCUGUGUCGGUCUGUCUGUCUCUCUCUGUGUCAGUCUCUCUCUCUCUGUGUCAGUCUCUCUCUCUCUGUGUCAGUCUCUCUGUGUCAGUCUCUCUCUCUCUCUCUGUCAGUCUCUCUCUCUGUGUCAGUCUCUCUGUGUCAGUCUCUCUCUCUCUCUCUCUCUGUCAGUCUCUCUCUCUGUGUCAGUCUCUCUCUGUCAGUCUCUCUCUCUCUCUCUCUCUGUCAGUCUGUCUGUCUCUCUCUCUCUCUCUCUCUCUCUCUCAGUCCGUCACCCCGCUCUUUCUCCAUCUCUGUUCCUUCCCGGCCUUCUCUGUCUGUCUAUUUAUCUGCCUCCCUGUCUCUGUCUCUUCACCCUCCUUUUUCUGUCUACCUCUGUGUCUGCCUUUUUGCCUAUCUGUGCCACCCUCCCUCUGACUGAGCUGAGCAGAAUCAUGUCAGGCUCUCAAUUGCUCUGCGAGGCUUAUGUCAGCCACUAGGAUUGCUGCAAUUAACCUCCGUGCCUUCUGGGCAAACAUUAACCACAAGGGACUGUUGGAAUUGUGGAGGGAUGGGAUCGGCAUUGUCCAAACACAUCUUGGCAGGGAAAUCUGCAACGUUUACUUCUGCUGGUAUCCUGUGUGACUGUGUUCCUCUGUUCAUUUGAUUCUAGUACAGUCAGCCUCAGUAUUUUCUGGUUAAUGGGUGCUGGGGACAGAGGGGGGGAUGCAAAGUGGUAAGAAUGUGUUGAUCAGGACAUCUGGAAGGAACUGAGUUUACGUGAGGCCAUCUCUCUCACCUGCUGCAGAUCUCCUCCCCUUCAGUUAUGGCUGGGGGUUGGGGUCCACGGUCAGUCUGAUCCCAGGUGCAGCCUGGGCCUCGACCCAGUCUUGGCAUGGGGUGCCCACAGAACCUGGCAAGUCUCCGUUCUGCUCCCCAGAGCUGUUCACCUGCAUGAGUCGACCAAAGGUCAGCUCUGAUCAGGGUGGGAUGUUUACUGCGCGUGACUCAGAAGGUUGUGUGUUCAACCAGAUGGGGCGUUUUUGUGUUUGCAUUUAAGGUGUAAAUGUAGUCAGAGUCUCACUGGAAAGGACACAUGAAGGGGAUGUGCAAGCUAGCCCUCACUGAGCUCUCCCUGUGCUAGAAAGGGUUAUUGAGAGGGUGGGAGUGUGUAUCAGUUGCCUCUUAUUGAUGACCAAAGGCCACCCUUGUUUGAUGGUCUUUCACCACACAAGUCCAUCAGGGGCUGAGCUUAGAAGUCACUGAUACAGGUAGUAAUGUUGGUCAGAGGAGGGGGAGUCUGUUUGGAUGGUGUCACACUGUAACAUGUGCUAGCUCCUCUGGCAUCCUUGUGUGUCAAGUUUACCCAGCUGGGCAUCAAGAAUGUACCAAGUAUCAAGUGAGUCUCCCACCUCCAUGCUCUCUCCUCCUCCUCCUCCUCCCAUAGUCAGAUUGGUGCUGCUUUGAACUUGUGUGGUGACACUAAUGUCGAGGGUUGGGGGAGUGUAGGUGGCCACAGGGGUUAGAGUAAGGCAGGCGUUCAGUAAAUCGGACAAUUUCGAAUGCUCAGUUUGGUCACUUUUCACCUCUACCUCACCAAACGUGGCGACAGGGAGUGGAUGCAUGCCUCACACUGGCUGCCAUCCCCCCACCCCCCCGGCAGAGGGAGGCAGCAAGAAUCAUCUGGUCAUUUUCAGGAAAACAAAUGUUGGCUGCCUCCUGCUACCAUCAGGCCGCUGGAGUCGUAAUUGUCAGUGGCCGCAGAGAUGGGAAGGUAAAGAGUGAAUCCUGCUCUCUCUGGGUGUCACAUCCUGUGGGACUUCUAGGCCCGCUCCCAUGUACUCUGAGAGUGUCAGCCUGCUCCAUCACAGGAAGCUCCAACCCCAACUCCCUCCUCAGCAGAAACCCACAGUUCCUCCCUGGAUUGGACAUACCGAGUCUGAGAGGAUGGGACUGCACAGUGGCUCAGUGGUUAGCGUAGUUGCCUCACAGGGCCAGGGACCCGGGUUCGAUUGCAGCCUCGAGUGAUGUUUGCGCACACUCCCUGUGUCUGUGUGGGUUUCCUCCAGUUUCCACCCCUCGGUCCAAAGAUGUGCAGGAUUGGCCAUGCUAAAUUGCACCAUAGUUUCCAGGGAUGCACAGGCUAUAGAUGGGUUAGCCAUGAGAAAAGCAGGGUUACAGAGUUUGGGUGAGCUGCUCUUCAGAGAGUCGGUGUGGACUCAAUGGGCCAAAUGGCCUGCUUCCGCACUGCCUGGAUUCUGAGGCCUCCCUGGCUGUACCCGAGAGGUCAGAGUGCAAACUGGGCGAUGGUAAUCAGCAACCAACUGACCCAUCCCCCUGCCGUACAAACUCUGCUACAGAUUUAGAUCCAAUCUGCUACAUGUUUACUUUAGAUGGUGCUGUAAACUCUGGUGUUGAAGGCUGCUCCGACUUUGUGGGGCAAAGCAGUGUCACUGGAAUCUGAUAUUCUGGAGGGGUUUAAAAAGUAACAGCCAGUAUCCAGUAACACUGGUAGUUAUGUGAGACUGCCGUAAAUUAAUGACCAUAAAUAUGCUGGAACCAUUGCAAGUUAAAAUUAGUAUAGCUUCACUUCCUGACAGUUGGGUUUUCAACUGGUGCUGGUCGAGUCAAACUGAAGUGGCGCUACCUCCGGGAGCAGAUUCCUUUCCUUACUUUCCUGAGCUGGCAUUGAGCUACUGCUCCCUCAUUCACGUGCGCUCAAUCUCAACUGCCGCACCCAGCAUUUUCUGGACCUUCCGACACUUGUGUCGGAUUUGUAGCAUUGCAAGUGAAGAACAGGGUUCUCUUCGAGGAGAAAGUGAGGUCUGCAGAUGCUGGGGAUCAGAACUGAAAAUGUGUUGCUGG